UAAUUUUUUCUGCUCAAAAUACAAUAAGAACGGCGAGGAACUCAUUGGGGUUGGUGCUCCCCAUUGACAGGUGUUGAAAAGAAAGGCAAGCAAAGAUCUUCUCUCGAAUUUUGGAUUUUAAGGUUUUGGGGUUUCUGAAAUCGAAUCGAAAAUGGCAGGAGAAACAGCUAUUUUCAAGUUCCUGAAGCCUAGGAAUCGUCCUCAAUCCACUGAUAUCCAGGCCGCCGCCUUCUGGGGCGUUGCUGCCGUCUCCACUGCUCUUUAUCUCAUCCAGCCAUUUGAUUGGAUUAAGAAGAACUUUUUCGAGAAAGGGGAGCCCGAAGGAAAGUGAAUAGGGAUCAGAUUUCUGAAUAGCUUUUUCAUUUAUUUUAUCAGGCUGACAAUGAGAAAUGAUGAGUAAAGUUGAUAUGAAUAAUGUUGUUCCAUUUUCUAGUUAUUGUUGAGGCCUUAUUGGCAUUAAUUCCUGGGAUAACUGGACAAUUUUAAGCUCCAAUAUUUAUCUUAAUUGUACUUUGCUUUUGCACAAUUCUCUCUCACCUUCUCCAAGAUUAAUAACUUAAUGUAGUCAUUACUUAAAAAGGAAUGGGUGGCUGUGUUUAUUAGUACACUUUGGCACCAUGUGUGCCAAAGUUACACCUCUUUGAUCAACUUUAUGCGGCUUACAAACAAAACUAUUUUUAGGAUGCAUGGAAGGUGUAAAAAUUACAAUUUCAGCAAGAAAUGGGCAUUUUGUUUAUGGUCAUUUAGAGUAGAAUGGCAAUAGGAAUAAAUAUUUUUAUCGUUAGCAACGUUCCAAGGUAACACAGGGCCAGAGUCUAUUGUCGCAAGCUCUGUUUCUAAAGGCAGUUGUAAAUUUGUAUACCCAACAAAAAUUUGUUUUACUAGGCAGUACAUUCAUUCAAAUGCUUAUAGAUACCAUAAAGAUACUGAUUUUUUUGUAUAAACCAGCUUUACUUCAGUAAUAUUAUGGUCAUUUAUAAACCUAUAAAGUCUUCAGGGCUGCGAGGUAAUGAAUUCCAGUAGGAGCUAAUCUUCUGAAAAAAAAAAAAAAAAAAACUGAUUUUGUAAAGAAAGAAGGUUGUACAAUUUUUUUAUUAGACAGAGGACCUAACGCCCAAAAUAGAAGUAGAGAAGGAAAACAGAUCCUAUUUGUGAGGGAAAAUGAGGAAAAAUGCCACCAAGUCAUGCGGGCUGACCUUGACUGCCGAGAAAGUAGAAGCUUAACUACUACUUACCCGUGUAAAGCCCUACAAAUCAGUUCUGUUUUCCAACUUCCCUUUGAAUUCCAACCUAUAAAGGGUUUCCAACUCUCACUCAAAAACCUUUCCUCCUCUCUCUCUCUGUCUCUCUCUCUUUCAUAUGUAUUUUCUCGAACGCACGCCUCUUCUGUUAGUUCGCCGCAUCUGCAUUGCAUUCUUGUCUUCUGGACUAUUCUAAGCCGCCCUCGCCGCCUCAUUCAGAGAAGACAACCAAACCAAGCGGCCUCGUUAUCUCCUUUUGGACUGAAAAAAAUCAUGCUGACUGAGAGAAAAGAGAAAGAAUUGCUGGAGCUAUUCGAAGCCGCAAAGAAAGCAGCGGAGGCGGCUGAGUCGGAGGAAGACGGAGGAGCUGAAGAAAGUCGAUGUCUUGACGCCUUGGCUCAGCUCAAGGCCUUCCCUGUUACCAUUCAACUUCUCGUCUCCACGCAGGUUGGGAAGCGUUUACGGCCUCUAACCAAACAUGCUAGGAAGAACAUCCAGGAUCUUGCUUCUGAUGUCUUCGCAUUGUGGAAAAAAGUGGUUUUGGAGCAAACAAGUGGUGAUAAGAAAAAUGGAAAUGUAGAGGAUAAAAAUUCUGUUAAAGCUAAGCCAGCAAAUCCAGAGAAUGUUAAGGCCGAGAAGCUUCAAAAGACCACCCAUGUAAAGGUUGAGAAAUCCUCCAAGACUGGAAUGGUCAAGGUUGAGAAAAUUGAUCAGAAUGGUACACCAAGAUCUGCCAAAGUUGUGGAAUCUGAAACUGCCAUUACAGGCCGCAAUCCACCAGCUCCAUUGGUAUGUGUUCCAAAAUGUAAUGAUGCUAUGCGAGAUCGAAUUCGGGAACAACUUUAUGAGGCAUUGCACAAGGUCUCUAGCGAAGCUAAGGAAGAUGUUUGGGAAGAAGUGAAUGCCUGUGAUCCAAUUCAAGUCGCUGUUUCUGUUGAGUCAGUCUUGUUUAAACAUUGGGGGCGUUCUAAUGGCUCCCAUAAGAUCAGGUAUAGAUCCUUGAUGUUUAAUAUCAAGGAUGCAAAAAAUCCUGAUUUUCGGAGAAGAGUACUUCUUGGACAAGUGAAGGCUGAGGGAAUUGUACACUUGAGUUCAGAAGAAAUGGCAAGUGAUGAAAUGCAACAAAAGAAUCAGCAGAUCAAACAGAAAGCCUUAUUCCACUGCGAGCUUGGAGGUGGCCCAAAAGCCACAACUGAUCAAUUCAAGUGUGGUCGAUGCGGGCAACGCAAGACCACCUACCAUCAAAUGCAGACUAGGAGUGCUGAUGAGCCUAUGACAACAUAUGUGACAUGUAUAAACUGCAAUAACCAUUGGAAGUUCUGUUGAUGAGUCUCAUAGGAGAUGCUCGUUUUUAAUGGAUGAUAAUCUUAGGAUAAGCUAGUGUUUUUGUUUUCCAGCACUAGUUCAGUUAGUGUCUCAUUUUUCAAUUGAGGAGUUUGUUAUAGUUUUCAUUUUCUUGUAACUGAUCUGUCGAGUAUUAACAUGUAGGAUUUGUAUCAUGUUUUCUUAACUAUUCAUUUACUUUCCUUCAA